AUGAAGCUGAACAUCUCCUACCCUGCCAAUGGCAGCCAGAAGCUCAUCGAUAUCGAAGAUGAGCGCAAGCUCGCUAUCUUCAUGGAGAAGCGCAUGGGUGCUGAGGUCCCAGGUGACUCCGUCGGCGAUGAGUUCAAGGGUUACAUUUUCCGCAUCACCGGUGGCAACGACAAGCAGGGUUUCCCCAUGAAGCAGGGUGUCCUGCACCCUAGCCGUGUCCGCCUCCUGCUCUCCGAUGGCCACUCCUGCUACCGCCCUCGCCGCACUGGCGAGCGCAAGCGCAAGUCCGUUCGCGGCUGCAUCGUCGGCAUGGACCUGUCCGUUCUGGCCUUGAGCAUCGUGAAGCAGGGCGACAACGAUAUCCCCGGUCUCACCGACGUCGUCCACCCCAAGCGCCUCGGUCCCAAGCGCGCCACCAAGAUCCGCAAGUUUUUCGGCCUCACCAAGGAUGACGAUGUUCGCAAAUAUGUCAUUCGACGAGAGGUCCAGCCCAAGGGUGAGGGCAAGAAGGCUUAUACCAAGGCCGCCAAGAUCCAGAGACUGGUUACUCCUCAGCGUCUGCAGCACAAGCGCCACCGCGCCGCUCUCAAGAGGCGCCAGGCCGAGAAGGUUAAGGACGAGGCCAACGAGUACGCCCAGGUUCUGGCUAAGCGUGUCGCUGAGGCCAAGGCUCACAAGGCUGAUGCCCGCAAGCGACGAGCCAGCUCUAUGCGCAAGUGA